GGGGAUUUCUUCUGCUCACCAUAACAAACAAUCAUUUUCUCACCAUAACGAAGAAGGAGAAACAGAGAAACGAGAAUGAGGUUCCUCGUCGGCUUCACUGUUUUACUUACCUCCGUCAUCGCUCUCUUAAUCUACGGCGCCACUUCACCGGCGAAUCUUACCGGCGACGAUUUCAAGUUCCCUGCCCCUUCUAUCAUCCGCGUCUUCUUCAACGGCGCCAGUUCACCGGCGAAUCUUACCGAUCGAACAUACUCGCUCCACUACGACUACUACUGUGAAUCUUGCCCCAGCGUUACCGCUCCUUCUAUCAUCCGCGUCCUCUUCUCCGAUUGCUUCAUUGAGGGUUUGAUGUUAUUGACGCCAUUAAGUCUGAGCGGGAGUAUGUUUUCUCCUGGAGGUCUUUCCUGUGCCGAGCUUCCUGUCUUUCUCGAGCUUCCUCUCUUCCCUGCUAGAGAAGCCGCCCUAGUGGCUGGUACUCGAGUAUAUCGUCUGGUGACUGUAAGAAAAUUCAGUGCAGUGGCCUUCAAGCUUCCUGCACCACAGGCUACUCUCUCUCUCCUUCUUGCAAGUGCUGCUUCCAGACUAAAUCUGGUUGUAUUCCGUAUUCCUCACUUCUUGGAAAUGCUAACUCGUUAUGUUCCUAAUGUAGGUGCUCACAGCUUAGGCAUUAAGCACUGCACUUUUUUUGAGAACAGCCUCUACAACUUCUCAGGAACCGGGAAGCCUGACACUGAGCUAGCGGAUGCUUGUCUAGGAGUUGUUUCCUGUUCCAGCCUUGUCCUGGGUGCUAGAGAAGCCGGCCUUCUGGGAUUCGCAGAUGAAACACUCUCUACUGAGAACAAUGCAUCUCCAAACCUUUCCUUGAAAGGGUUUGAUGUUAUUGACGCCAUUAAGUCUGAGCGGAGUAUGUUUCUCCUGGAGGUCUUUCCUGUGCCGAGCUUCCUCGCUGCCCUGCUAGAGAAGCCGCCCUAGUGGUAAUUCUCGCUGUCUCACUCUUCUGGAUUGAUCAUGUGAUGUUUCUACAACGCUUUAAUCAUAUCUUUUUGAUUUUCAGUCUGGUCCUCGAGUAUAUUCUCUGGUGACUGUAAGAAAAGACAGUGCGGUGA